GCGGCGCAGCGCGGGAGGGCGGCAGCGGGGCCGCGGGGCCGGCGGAGCCGUGUUCGUGGUGCAGGGGCCCGAGUGGACCGGACGGAUGGGCAGCGGCUGGCAAGGCUGCCCGCGUGCCCCUGCCCGCCGGGGGCCCCCCCGCCAUGGCCAUCGUGCAGACGCUGCCGGUGCCCCUCGAGGCCGCCGCUGAGGGGGCUGCGCAGCUCCGCGCUGCCGCCCGCUCGCCCCUCACCACCAUGGGCAGCGUCGGCAGCCUCCUGCCCAGCCGGCCCUGCCAUGACCGUGCCAGCCAGCCCUGUGACGGGGAACCCCCCACCGCCUCCUUCCGCAAGCAGGAGGGGCUGCUCCGGGCCACCCCCAGGGACCCCCCGUCUCCCGAGGAGCCCUGCGCGGCCAUGCCAGGCGUCACCCACGCCUAUUCCAACGGGGGCUUCUGCGGUGACUGGCUCGACGGCCCCUCUCCCGCCAGCCUCUGCAGCGACUCGGAUGAGCCCCGUGAUGAACCAGCCCCCAGUGAUCAUCUCCGGGGGCCGCCCCCCAAGCUUGUCCCCGUCUCCGGCAAGCUGGAGGAGAACGUGGAGAAGACCCUGAUCCGCCCCAUGGCCUUCAAGCCGGUGGUGCCCAAGCUCCGGAGCACCCAGCCGGGCACGCGCCCAGGGCUCUCGGAGAGCCAGGUGAGCCUCACCCACUUGCUGGGUGCCGAGAAGCCCGGCUCCCUGAGCUGCCGCGCCAGCACCCUCUCGGACUCGGGACGCAACUCCCUCUCCAGCCUGCCCACCUACAGCACGGGCUGCAGCCAGCACCCCGAGGCAAGCGCCCUGCCGGCCACCCCCCACGGUCCCCCCGAGCCUCCGGGGGGCUGCCGCCCCUCCAACUCGGACAGCGGGCGCUCGUCCUCCAGCAAGAGCACAGGUUCUCUGAGCGGCCGGGGCCGGCCCUCCUCAGAGAGCGGCUCCUGUGGGCGCUCGCCCCUGCCCGGUGAGGAGGCCAUGCUGGUGCGGGAGCUGGAGGACAAGCUGCGGGAGAGGGAGGCCGAGCUGCGGCUCCUGCGCGACAGCCUGGACGAGAACGAGGUGGCCAUCUGCCAGGUGUACGAGGAGAAGCAGCGGCGCUGCGAGCAGGAGCUGGAGGGGCUGCGGCAGCGCUGUGCGGCCCAGGCGCGGCAGGCGGCCCAGGCAGCGCAGCGGGGGCAGCAGGUCCUGCAGCUCCAGGUGCUGCAGCUGCAGCAGGAGAAGAAGCAGCUGCAGGAGGACUUGGCCCAGCUGCUGCAGGAGCGGGAGCUGCUGGAGCGUCGCUGCGCCUCCUUCCAGCGUGAGCGCACCGAGCUGGCACCCCGGCUGGAGGAGACCAAGUGGGAGGUGUGCCAGAAGUCGGGGGAGAUCUCGCUGCUGAAGCAGCAGCUGAAGGAGGCGCAGGCGGAGCUGGCGCAGCGGGGAGCCGAGCUGCUGGGGCUGCGGGCUCAGCUGCGGGAGGCGCGGGCCCAGCUGCAGGCGGGCGAGCGGCGGGCGCAGGGGCUGCAGGAGGCCGCCCGCCUGAAGGCGCUGGAGCUGGAGGUCUGCGCCAACGAACUGCAGCGCCGCAAGAGCGAGGCUGACCUCUUCCGCGCCAAAGCCGGACGGCUCGAGCAGGAGCUGGCGGGGCUGCGGGAAGCCACCCGUGGGCGAUGCCCCCCGCCCGGCGAGGGGUGCCCCCCGCCCGGCGAGGGAUGUCCCCAACCCGGCGAGGAGCCCCGGGGCGGCGCGGGGCUGCGGCGGCAGCUGGAGCGGCUGCGGGCGGAGGUGGCCCUGGAGCGGCGGCGUGGGCAGGAGCAGCGGGACGCCUUCGAGCAGGAGCGCGGCACGUGGCAGGGCGAGAAGGAGCGGGUCAUCCGCUACCAGAAGCAGCUGCAAUACAGCUACAUCCAGAUGUACCGCCGCAACCGGCGGCUCGAGCAGCGGCUCCAGCAUCUCCGGCUCCAGGGGGAGGACUCCCCGCCUGAGCCCUGUGACCCCCCCGGCCCUGACCCACCCUUCGAGGAGAUCACGGCCACCGAGAUCUGAGAUGCUGCCUGCCCUCACCCUGUGCUCGGAGGGCAGGAGGGGCCUCCAGCCCCUGGGAUUUUGGGAGCUGUGGAGCUCCAGGGGAUCCCUGCUCUCCCCCUGGCUCUGCAGAGACCGCUGGCACUGGGAGGGGGCAGAGGGGACCGCAGGCGCUGCCCCCUCCCCAGCAUGGAGGUGUUGGGGCGAGGGUGCACCAGCACCCACAGCAGCGGGGAGUUGCCUGUGAGAUGUGGGGCAAGGUGGGGGCCGAGUCCCGGCCUCGGGGCUGCCCGGAGCUGGUUCCUGCUGAUCCUCUUAGCGCCCGGGGGAUUAGUGGCACUGGCUUCGGCCAGGGUCACCUUGGGCAGGCAGAGGGCUGGCUUGUCCCCUCCCUCUCAUCCCUGCUGGCACCGUCACCCAGCCACUUCCAGAGGGGAUGGUGUGUGCCCUGCCCAUGCCAGCCUCCCUCCCCCUGCUCCCCAUGUGUUUGUCAGGGGAUUCGUUUCUGUGCCAUUUUAAAUAACUCUAUUUUUAUAGGACCUACCAAAACAUAUCACCCUCUCCCAGCUCACACCCUGCCUGUCUGUGCCCGCCUCACCUCUGCCACGGGGCAGCUUGCCCUCAGUGCCUUUCCCAUGCCUUUGCCCCCAGCAUCCCUCUGUUUCCCCCCC